AAUUCUUUUUAAAGACAAGAGAGGGUAAAAGAUCCUGUAUCUGGUCGACCAAUACAAACAGAAAUAAACAAACGUGGGAGAAUGGAUCGUGAUUACUCGAGUAUAAAGAUCUUGGAAAAAACAGUUCAACUGGCUCUUCCUAUAACUUUUAUCUCAAAUGAGUUUUCAGGUGUUUUAGAGACACUCGAAACCUGGAAAAGACAAUACAAUCCUCAAUUAGAAGGUAUUUUAGUCAACUACAGCAACGUGUAUUUGAUGUCUCGCGCAAAUAAAGUCAUCAUAUCCAGAAAUGUUAUCAUUAUUGAUGUUAAAGCUAUGUUUCACAUAUUCUGCCCUAAAGUGGGUGAUGUUGUAAAAGGAAAAGUCAAUCGCAUCACUCCGGAACUUGUCGGUUGUAUUAUGCAUGACACUAUCAAUGCUACUAUCUAUCUCUCUAAUUACUGUCCAGUUGAGGCGAAAAAAUUCAUUCGAAUAGAACGUGAAAUUUUAUUCGAGAUAACUCAUUUUAGUUGUUUUCGUAAUGAAGUUCGAGUACAGGGGAAAAUAACGCCUGAUUGUCUUCGACUGAUGACUGAGCUAUUUACUGAUGUUGAAGAAGAGGUGCUGACUAACUUUUCGUUUCAAAAUGAAAACACGAUCACUAAUUAUAAUUUUUCUAAUGAGAUUGAAGAGUGUCAAGUGUUUAAAAGUGAAAUUUCUACAAUUGAUAUUGACGAAUCACCUGCAGAACUUAAAGAAGAACCAAACUCUGAACCUGUGCAUAAAAAGUCUAAAAAGCGCAAACUAGAUACAAUAAGUGAUGAACCCAGUAAAAAGAAACGUAAAAAAGAUGCCUCUUCAGAGUUUAAUAUUGUGAACGGAGCUUCUGCAAUAUCUGAAGAUGUACCAGUUCUUAAAAAUGAAGCUGGAACCGAUGAUGAGUCAAAUCUUAAUAAUGUACAACCCAUCCUCAAAAGACAUAAAAAACAGAAACUGUCAAAAGAUGAGCAGCGAAAUAAAAAGCCAAAGAAAGAGAAGAAAUCUAAAAAAAGCAAAAUUAUAGCUACCGGAACUGUUGUUAAAUCAGAUAAGAAAAAGCCAAAGAAAGAGAAGAAAUCUAAAAAAAGCAAAAUUAUAGCUACCGGAACUGUUGUUAAAUCAGAUAAGAAUAAGUUAAAUAAAAAGCAUUCCAAAAAAGACAAACAUAAUAUAACAGAUAAAAAGUUAAAAACUAAGAAAGGACACAAAAAAGCAAAGAAAAAGAAACUGUCAGAUAAAUUAUUAGAUACUAAUGUACAAAUAAAAUCUGAAUGAAGAAUGUUAUUUUGUAUUUUUAAGUAAAUAAUAGUUAUUUUGCUCA